GCACAAGUUGACGAUGCACAUGCUACAGCUACAGCAAAGAAACAGCAGUCAACAACAGCACAGGAAAAUGCUCCAGAAUAUGUUAAAGUCGGAUUACCAUCUUUAUCAUCAACCAUGUCAAAGGGUAAAGUUGUUAGUUGGCGUAAGCAAGUUGGAGAUGAAGUAAUAAAAGGCGAUUUGUUGUGCGAUAUCCAGACUGACGAUUCAGUUAUGGCCUUUGAGACAACAGAGGAAGGCUUUCUUGCUAAAAUAAUUCUACCAGGAGGAAGUGGUGCUGUCUCAAUAGGGGAGCCUCUUUGUGUAAUAUGUAAGAAAAAGGAAGAUAUUUCUGCAUUUGCCGAGCCUAUUCUUGCUAAAAUUACAACUUCUACUCAUCAUCCCACUUCCGUUCCUACCACUAGUGCUGCUACUACUGUUAAUAAUAAUUCUGUUUCUACGCAUACUGAAAUUCCUUCAACCACAUCUGCAUCCAAAUCUUCUGUAUCUCAAGCUUCAGCUCAAACUGGUCCAAACUCUAGAUCAGUUCUGGACAAUUCAGUUUCGUCAUCAAUUGAUGCUAAGUCCCAGGCAGAAAAAUUGAAUGCUGCACGCAUGCUUGCUACACCUUAUGCCCGAAAAUUAGCUACUGACUUAGGUAUCAACUUAUCGGAAAUUAGAGGUUCUGGUCCAGAUGGACGUAUCUUAGCAGUUGAUGUAGAAGAAGCUAGACAGAAUAAAGCUUCUGCUGCCAGUAAUGAUAAAAAAGUAAAAGAUAAUGCGACACCAAAAAAACCUGGAACAGUACGUAAGCAAGCUCUUCCUGAAAAUCUCAAAUACAAGGAUAUACCAUUGUCGAAUAUGAGAGAAACUAUCGCGAAACGUUUAUUAUUUAGCAAACAGAAUGUGCCACAUUAUUAUUUGACUUCGGAAAUCAAAAUGGAUGAACUAAUAAAGAUACGAGCGAAAUUGAAUGAAGAUUUGAAAAUUCAGGGUAUCAAAGUGUCUGUAAAUGAUUUCAUCGUGAAAGCUUGUGCAUUAGCUUGCUUAGAUGUACCUGAAGUUAACAGUUUCUUCUUAGAAAAAGAAAAAGUUAUUCGUCAACAUUUAACUGUUGAUAUUUCUGUUGCUGUAAAAACGCAAACAGGACUUAUUACUCCGAUUGUUUACGAUGCCGAUGCAAAAGUUUGUAUUUUUUGUUUUUUUGAAUUCAUUAAAGGUUUAACUCAAAUCAGCGCAGAAAUUAAGCAGCUGGUACAAAAAGCGAACAGUAAUAAGUUGAUGCCAAAGGAAUAUAUGGGUGGUACGUUUACUGUAUCAAAUUUGGGUAUGUUUGGAAGCAUACAUCACUUUUCCGCAAUAAUUAAUCCACCACAAUCGUGUAUUCUUGCGGUUGGUGGGUCAGAACGUAAACUUGUACCAGAUAAUGAAAAUGGUUUCAAGGCCGUAACAACAAUGUUUGUAACAAUGUCAUGCGACCAUCGUGUAGUGGACGGGGCUGUUGGUGCGGUUUGGCUGAAACAUUUCAAGGAAUACAUGGAAAAACCGGAGAAAAUGUUGAUGUAG